AUGUUGCCUUACAUUCACUUUCAAAAACGUCUUGUAUCUUUGCCGUGCUACUUUACUAUACGUCAUGGAUCAUCAGCUACACCUGCACCGGGCCGUAUUUAUUCACAGAGACAUUUAUUUGAAGUGAAAAAAACCAUGUUAAAGGCGAACAAUCCGGACAAAUAUGCGUUAGCAUCGGAUUUCUUGGCACAUCGGGCUGAUUGUCCAAAAGAGUACAAACCAGUCGAACCUCCAGGUCGAAGCAUCACCCCUUCUCCGCAAGAGAAAAAACUUCUCGUUUUAACUAGGAUGUAUAAACAUGAGUCGGAUAUUCCGGAAUCCAUCAGUGAAGUGCGUAUUGCAGUAAUGAAAGAACGUCUAAAUUUUGUGGUAUCAGUUUUCUAUGUGGCAACAUUGUUUAUUGCACUUUUUAUAACGGUAAAGGCAAAACGCCGCAUAAUGACUAUGGUUGUGGGCGACUCUUAA